CUUAAGGGGUGUUCAGCUAUGGUCAUGUCUCUAUGGUGACUGACAUCAUAAAACACUUUGAACAAUGGGGUUUGAGUUGUGCAGCAGUGUGCCGUUAGUGUUGUUCGGGCUGCAGGAACUUGAACAAGACAGAUAAGGUCCUCCUUAGCACCUUAUGGAGCAAACAGUGGAGAAGUCAUCUGUAAAGAACACCUUUGAUAAUGGCCAGUUUGGACAAAUGGACUUUAAAGAAGUAAUUUCCCGAAGUUUAAUCUCCAACUUUCAACAACAAGGAGCCUUCUCUGGUGAAAUUAAGUUACGAUCGAGCGAGUUCCUCUCUAAAAUACUGGCCUCCUGUGUUAAGGGUCAAGAGUUUACCUGCGAUGACACUCAGCAUGAACAAACAGACCAGCAGUUUGCUAAAAUCGCGAAGGAAUCUCAGGCUGUUCCUGAAACUGGCACAAAUGCGUCUCAUUAUUUAGAUAAAGAAACAAUUGAAAUGCUGCGAAGUGUUUUAUCCAGAAUGGAACUGAAGAAAGACGAAGCUGGAAUGUGGACUCCAUGUGUGGAGACCAAGCCAAGUCCUGACAGAAAUCCUAGUAAGAUUGACCUUAAUCCUAGUAAGACCUUCUUCCAUCUCCCACACAAUGGUAGUCGCUGCAUUCAUUCAAAUGUUAAGAGCGCUGUAGUCAAAGUAGCUCAGAAACCUUCAUCACAGGCCACUUUGACUAGUAAAUCAAAGGAAAAGGACAGGGAUCGAAGUGAUGGGAGUCUGCCGUUUAAAUCAAAGCAGCUUGACUUUUUGGAAGCUUUGAAAGAGAAGCUAAAGCAGAAAGAUCUGGAGAAUCGACAGAUUGUGCAGCUACUACUGAUAGCACAGCAAGAACUGAAAGAUGCCAAAAAGAUGUCAAAAGCGAAGGAAGUGGAGGCCCGGAUAAUUGUUCAAAAGCUGAAAUGUGAAGAGCUGAAAAAUGCUGAGCUCGCCAAGAAACUCAACAAUGCUUGUGAGGAUAUGAGGGAGAAACUGUGCGAAGCUAAAGACAACAAUGAAAGCUUUGUUAAGCAACUCAAAGCACUGCUGGAAAAGUAUGAGCGGCUCAAAAAACGAGCCAAUGCUAUCAAGCAGCAGCUUCUUGAGGAACGUGCUAAGAAACAGAGUGCUCAGAAAAGUGUAAAGAAGGUGCAACAGAUGGCUGAAGAACUUUUAAGCAGCCAGGAUUUUCUGGAGCAACAGCGGGAUGCUGCAGUAAAAGAGCUGUCAGAUUGUCGGAGGAAAUUGCAGACCAUGGAAGAGGAACACAAGAAGCAUGUUAGCAUUGUGCAACGAGUUAAGGGGGAGGCAUCAGCUAUCAGAUCUGAGUAUCUGAACCUUAGAGAGGAGCUAUCUAAGACUCAGGAAGAGAACAAGAAGCUCAAAGACGAGGUUCAAUCCAAAGAUUUGGAAAAAGACAAGGCUGUGGGCGAUUUUCAAGAAUGUAAAAACGUGGUUAAAAAGCUGUACGCAGAGCUGGAUGAGAGCAAACUCCAAAAAGAAUCAAUUUAUCAAGAACUGGAAGCCAUGAAGAAGGAAUUCAACCUAAUUCACAACAAACACAAAGUGGAGAACCUUCAUCUCCAAGAAGAAAAGAAGGCCUGCAUGAAACAGUUCGAAGGUGUAAGAAUGGAACGUGAAGCCUUAAAAGAAGUUGUGUCCAAACUCAAAAAAGACAAGCAGCUGCUUAAAGAAGAGCUGGAACGCCUUCAGAAGGAAAAGGCCAGGGCUGAGACAGCUAGUUACCGUGAAGGCCAGAGGAUGAGGGAGGCUGUAAGGCUGCUGGAGCGAGAGAGGACACUCCUAUUGGAUGAAAUGAAAGACUUGAGGAAGGAUUACUUCAACCUCAGUGAUCGCAUCACACAGAGGAUUGGACAACUGGACCAGGCUGAUGCUCCCAUGUGCAUCACUGAUAUAUCAUCGAUAUUUCACCAGAAUCAAGCAUCAAAUGUGGAUAAUACAGUUGUCUCAGUUGCAUCAAGUGUGGACAUGAUACAACAUAUACGGAGGAAACUGGAGGAAGAGGAGAACAACCUGCAGAAAUGAACAUCUACCAACAGUUCCUCAUUUUUUUUUUAGAAUUUGAUUUUACCCAUAAGAGCCCAUAUCCAUUUCUAAACGGAUGAUGCCAAACUUAAAACUGAAUCAGAUCAAUUUAGUGAGCAACUAAUUCAUGUUUUUUUUUUUAUUGUGGGAACAUGACUGUAUUUAUUUUAGGGUUAAAUACCAGAUGUAACAUAAAUUACAACAAUUUUAUAUAAUUAGAUUUUAACAUUUUGUUGUAGAAAUCAGGUCAGAACUAGUUAUAUAGAACAUAAAACGUGUAAUUAAAGCAUUUAAAUUGUUAAAAUGGCUGGAACAGAUUUGUAGAGGAAAAAAAAUAAAAGGGGCUUAUUUUUAUCUUAAUAAAAACUUACUCAGAUCUCAUACAGUUUGUAAAUAAGGUCAGUAUCGCCAAAACAGCAAUUUUUCAGCGAAUUUAUAGAUGAUUUAUCUCCCAUAAACCCUAAUUUACUUUAAGGGAAGUAAUUGUAAAAAAAAAAGUUUACUUUAGGUAAUUUUUUGAGAGAAUUUCUAUUGGUCAAUUCAUCUAUAAAUUUUGACACAGCUGUAUAUAACUGUUUUUGUGUUCACAAAAAAUAAGAUACUUGUUUUUUCAUUGGACAGGGCAAUUUAAAGGAAAAAUGCCAUAAGGAACUUUCCACAUCUUUUAGAGUCUGUGACUAAUUAGCCACAAUGUGGCUUUUGGGUUCAUUUGAUUUAAUAUUUAAAAUUGUCAUGUGCACAGCAAACAUGCAAUCGAUAAUUUUUACUUUACUAAUCCUCUACUAAACACACAAGCGAUGUAAGUUUACGACUAUAGACAAAAUUAAACUACAUACAAAAUUCAAACUAAAUGUACAGGUUAAAACUAUAGGCAUAUAAGUUACACAUACUUAGAAUAGGUAGCUCAAUAAUGUAGCUAAGCACAAAAGGAGGUGUUACUGACCAUAUUCAGACCACAAAAGGGUCCCCAACUUUUGCCUCAGGCCCUGUACUUUUUAUUUAAAAACUGUAUAUUGAAGUGACAAGGACACUUGCUUACACUAAAAGAAAACAUAUCUUUAAUUUAGUAAUAUCCCACUUAUACAGUAACAGGCUUUUACUGUCUUCUGUCUUGAAAUAGUAAUGCCUUAUAUGAUAAAUUCCCCAAACAUGCAACACUAUGAUUUCCUGUACAACUUGCUGGAAAACACCUACAGGUUUGUGCAUUUCUAAUAUCCCUCAAAAGAACACACCAUGUUCAACUUUCCACUGCUAUCCCAUGACAUUUGGCAUCUCAGUCUUUUUGUAAUUGGAAAAAUCUUUUAAAUCAAACUGCAAAGCAAAACUCUUAAAAAAAAAAAAAAAAAAAA